GUUUUCGAGAUUUUCACUUAAUAGGAGGAGUACUGUCUGGGUAAGAAGAGAACAGAGAGACGGGAACACAAUGAAUUUGGAAUCAGUGAAGAAGUUGUUGGAGACAACAGCAUCAUCAGAAUGGGAAGAAAUUUAUGACUUACCAGGUUCAUCAUUCGACCCUUUAAUCAUUCAAGGAAUCAAAGUUGAUCUCGUCGAACCAGGUCGAAUUAUAUGCUCCAUGAAAGUCCCUCCUCGUCUCCUUAACUCUGGUAAUUCUCUAAAUGGUGGAGCAAUGGCAUCCCUUGUUGAUAUAAUUGGUGCUGCUGCAAAGUACACAGCUGGUGCUGAAGCUAGUGGCGUUUCUGUUGGAAUCAACAUUUCUUACCUGGAUUAUGUGUAUCUUGAUGAAGAAAUUGAGAUUGAAGCGAAGGUUGUGCGGGUCAGAGAAACAGUUGGAGUUGCCACAGUAGAGUUAAGGAAGAAAAAAACUGGGAAGAUUGUUGCUCAGGGGCGCCAUACCAUGUACCUUGCUGUCUCUAGUAAACUUUGAGUUCGUGAAAUCCCAUUCAAGGGAAACAAUGUUCAUUUCUCGAGCAUGAAAGAUGAUGUUUCGAGUGAGCAAGUUUUAGUUCGUGCUUCUUCGUUAAUUCGACCCAAUGAUUCCUAAAGUCAAGGCACCUAGUGAAUAGAUAUGGAUAGUGAUAGAUCCAGUAGAUUUUAUUUUUAUUUAUUAAAAUCCCUCUGUCCAUGUUUGAAUAUGGUUUUUCAUACAGUGU